UCUGUACAGCCCGCUCUGGCGACUAGUUUACCGAAGGCGUGGAUGUGUUGGUUUGUAGCCGUUGCUAUUGAUAGGAUUUUUCAGGUGAUAGUCUCAAGUGACUAACAGGGUGCGUUUUAGCGUCCCGGAUCUCUGAGAGGAAGAGGGCUACAGCUUUUGCACCUCCUCCUCCUUAAGACCCUUUCACCUUUGACCCUGCACUUUGCUGUCAGUACGAAUCACACAAAAUGGUAUUUGUUGAGGUCAGAUGAACUGAAGACACCUAUAGUGUGUUAAGAGCAGGCGAUAUGGUGUGUGGGGUUGAAUUCUGGGUGGCAGAAGAGGUGGGAUCAGAGCCGGAAGUGAAGAAGGAGCCGGAGAAGUCUCCAGAGGAGCAGGAGGCCGAGCAGCAGACCAAUCCCAGCGAGAGUGCACCCAACGGGGACGCCGAGCCCCAGCCUGCCCCCGACAACGCAGAGAACGCGGAGGCAGAGCCUGCCCCAUCUGACCCUCUGAGUACGCCCUCGCCCGACGGGCAGAAGAAAGAAAAGGGCAUCUCUCGCUUCCUGCCCCCAUGGCUUAAACGGCAGAAGUCCAAUAGCCAGGCGGAGCCCAGGGACGGCCACGCCCCCACCGACACGCCCACUCAGCCGCCGACGCAGGAGGAGCUAGAGGACGGACAGGAAGAGGAGGGGCCAAAAGGCGAAGGCACUGCUGUCCAGCCAACGGGGGGAGCGCAGGAGGUGCAGAGCGGAGAGGAGGAGAGCCCCGUCGCCAACGCGGAGACGCAGCCUGUGAAGCAGAAGGAAGGAGAAGAGUGGGCUCCGGAGAGCGGCGUUCCCUCUGCUCUCAAACUCGGCAAGAAAAUGAAGAUCACGGUGUGUCAUGUGACCCUGCUAGACGGCACUCAGUUCCCGUGCGAAGUGGAGAAACGGGCAAAGGGUCAGUACCUGUUCUCUAAGGUGUGUGAACACCUGAACCUGUUGGAGAAGGAUUACUUUGGCCUGAGUUUCAAAGACAACACAGAUCAGAGGUGCUGGCUGGAUCCCACUAAGGAGAUCAAGCACCAGAUUCACAACUCUCAGUGGCAGUUUGCCUUCAGCGUGAAGUUCUACCCUCCGGACCCCUCCCAACUGACCGAGGACAUCACCAGGUAUCUCCUGUGUCUGCAGCUCAGGCAGGACAUCUCCUUGGGCCGCCUGCCCUGCUCCUUUGUGACCCAUGCCCUCCUGGGCUCCUACACCUUGCAGGCCGAGCUUGGCGACUACGACCCUGACCAGCAUCGCUCCGACUACAUCGCCCAAUUCCAUUUUGCCCCCACCCAAACCAAGGAGCUGGAGGUGAAGCUGGCGGAGCUGCACAAAUCCCACAAGGGAAUGACUCCAGCCCAAGCUGAUAUUCAGUUCUUGGAAAACGCCAAGAAGCUCUCCAUGUAUGGCGUGGAUCUACAUCACGCGAAGGACUCGGAGGGCGUGGACAUCAUGCUUGGUGUGUGUGCUAACGGACUGCUGAUCUAUAAGGAUCGUCUGAGGAUCAACCGCUUUGCCUGGCCCAAAAUCCUCAAGAUCUCAUACAAGCGCUGCAACUUCUACAUCAAGAUCAGACCUGGAGAGACAGAGCAGUUUGAAAGCACAGUAGGAUUUAAGCUGCCCAAUCAUCGCGCUGCCAAACGGAUUUGGAAAGUCUGUGUGGAACAUCACACGUUUUUCAGGUUGACGAGCCCUGAACAGCCGGUCAAGUCCAAGUUCCUGACGCUGGGCUCCAGGUUCCGCUACAGCGGCCGCACGCAGGCUCAGACGCGGCAAGCCAGCGCACUCAUCCACCGCUCUCCACCUGACUUCCAGAGAACGUCUAGCAAGCGCAGCGCUCGCAGUCUGGAUGGAGCUCCAGUGGUGAGCGUGAGUGACCACACCCACCCUCUGGUCUCCACCCACGCUGCGGGGCCUGGCGAGAAUGGCCGCGACUCUGCCCUGGAGCUCUAUUCUGAUUCCAAGAGUCCACAGGUGGAGGAAGGGGCGGAGCCUGGCAAGGGAGCAGCUACUGCAGUUCCUGCUGAGCCUGCCUCGGAGACCUGGAAAGCUGCGGACGAUUCCUCUGAAUUAAAGAGGGAGCCGAGAGUGCAGGGGGAGAAUAUUUAUGUCAGACAUAGCAAACUAAUGCUGGAGGACCUGGAUAAGACUCAGGAGGAGGUUUUGAGGCAUCAGGCUAGCGUUAGCGAGCUAAAGCGCAGUUUUAUGGAGGCGGCCCCAGAGCCUCGGCCUGAUCAGUGGGAUAAGCGCCUGACGGGCAGUCCUGCUACCAGCCUGCAUCUGCAGGCCCAUGGGAGUUUAGAAGAGGAGCUCACCUCUCUGUUUUUGAGUAAAGCCUGUUUCUCUGGUCUGAUGGACCCCUGCAGUACCUCUGUGGCUCCACCAGAGAGCACACUUGCAGCAGUCUCCGAGAAAAGCCCCACCCGCCUCGAGAGUGCCCUGUCUGACAGCAGAGACAUCAGCAAGAGCACAGAGGAUGAUCAGAGUUCAGGGCUUAACGGUCAGCCAGAGGUCAUAGAGGUUGUGGAGGAGACAGUUGUUAUCGAGGAGGUCGUCAGAGUGGCCAGGCCCCAGAGCUCUGCCCCCGAAACCGCGGCAACGGAGCCAGCCCUCGAGGGGAAGGACGAGGGGAGUGCGUCAUCUGACAGUGAGAGCGAAGAGGAAGCGGAGUAUCACCCUCAGCUUUCCGGCUCCGCCCACCUCAUAAGAGAGGACCCGGAGGAGGAGGAGCAAGAGGUGGGGCUAAACCAGGAGGCCCCGCCCGCUGCGCUAAAGCCAUGUAUCAUCAGAGAGGAUGUUACAGACGAGGCUGCCGCUACAGCGGCCAACAUGGCAGAGCCAGCAGAUGCCCAGCAACAGGAAGGGGAGGUGUUGGUCAUACCUGAGAAAGCACCCAAUGGCCAUACCCAUGAUAGUGAAGCCCCUCCCACUCUCUUUGAUGAAGAGGAGGAGCCAAGCUUUGUCAACGGUGACGUGUCUCAUGUGGAAGGGGAGCAUGCGCCACAGGUGAUCUGUUGCUCGGAGCCUCCGGUGGUGAAAACGGAAAUGGUGACCAUUUCAGACACAUUUUCUGCUCAGAAGGCGGAGAUCACCACUAAGGAGGUGCCUAUCGUCCACACGGAAACCAAGACCAUCACUUACGAGGCUGCACAGUUGGACGGUAGUGGAGACGUGGAGCCAGGUGUUCUCAUGACUGCCCACACCAUCACCUCUGAAUCUCUGUGCACAACUACAACUACACAUAUCACCAAGACACUGAAAGGCGGGCUGUCGGAAACGCGGAUUGAGAAGCGCAUCGUUAUCACGGGUGACUCUGACAUUGACCAUGACCAGGCACUGGCCCAGGCCAUAAAGGAAGCCAAAGAGCAGCACCCAGACAUGUCUGUGACGCGGGUGGUGGUGCACAAGGAGACAGAUCUGGCCGAGGAAGAUGAAUAAAGCAGAGGAGAGCUGGAGCCUGUGAGAUUCUCUCACUUCGCUCGUGGAGACCGUCCCUCCAUUCUCCCCGCGAGUGUCCGCCUCAGGUCGGAGGAUGAGAGAAGACCUCCUCACCCAGACCGGAACGUCUGCGCCUCACAUACCCGUAUUUGGCAUCUAUCGUUCAAAACGCAGAACCACUUAGCUAACAUGUAUUGUGGCUUUUAAUCGUCUUUUUUGCGUUUAUCGUUGUUUUUUUGUUCCAGAAUACCUUUUAAUUGUUAUGCAGCAAUUGACAUUCCUGGUCAUACAGAAGGGUGAAGACGGGAGGAAAUGUGCUUAAAAAGAUGAAUUUUACAUUCUGCUCAGUUAUGGGUGUUUUAAUAUGCCAGCUGAUCGGUUUUAAAGGGGACUGGGAGAGUCUGGUUUGGGAGAAAAGGUGGGACUUAUUUUAAGAUAUCAACUCUCAUUGGUGUGUUUCUUAAGGGACCAGUGUUUGGGAAGGCACGGUGGGAAUGUUCCCUACUCAUGACCGUGCUAACCCUCCGCGUACGCAGUCUCUCACACACACACACACACACACACACACACACACACACACACACACACACACACACACACACACACACACACACACACACACACAGCACACACAUUCCACCACGGAGAGGUGCACUUUGUCUACCUCUCGGGGGGGGCACUAAAACCAAUUCACACCCUGGAAUAUUUCCUGACUGGCAGCUUUUCAGGACAUGGUUUUGUCAUUUUUCCUGCACAGCUUCCCAGCUUCAGCGAAUGUUUCUUUUUUUCACCCCAUGUUUCUGCAUCGUCUUCUCUGUGAUCUGAUUAUUUUAAAUGUGAUGGGUAGAUGAGAGAGGUCUCUUUGCCCCUUUUAAAAUAUUUUUUCAAAUUUUUUAAUAUAUUUAGUUUUGUUUUAUAAUAAGGGACACGUGUAACGUGGAUUCACCACCAUGGAAUCUUUCACAUGUAAAUGAGGCCGGUUUUUAGAUUGGUUUCUCUCCCUCCCUCCCUCUACUGGACCCGUCACUCUUGCCCCUUUGGUUUAGUUGCUUGUAUUGUGAUUUCUGCCCCACUAUUGAAUACAAACUUCUGUCUGUGUAACACUUUGAAAUAAACGUUUCUCUAUUCUGG